GAGUGUGCGAUCGAGCGAGCGAGUGAGAGACGGUUCAACGGCGUUGUGUCCCGCGGACGACGCUGCUGCCACGGGUCUGCCUGAGUCAGAGGUCUCCCGCGGCACGGAUUCGUUCUUCGACGUUCGCCCGCGGACGACGGGUGUUGUGUUUGUAGCCGCAGUGUGUUUGCAGGAGGAGAGCAAGAAGAAGCAGCAAUAACAAAAAGUAAAAGUUGUUUGCGCACAUGCAAAGUUAGAUAAUAGCAAUCAUCUUUCGUUACAUCUUCCUGUAACAUCUUCCAGCGCCUAGCGGCGCGGGCGCGAUCGCGCUCGUGUGUGUGUAGAUGCCACGAUGUUUCUCCGGCGGGUCGAUUCGGUAGUGUUGCUGAUAUUUGGGUGUCUACUAAUUAUAGAUGGGCACGAGGAAAAAAAUCGCACCAAGCGUGGUCGGAACGUGCGGACAUCGAACGCACCGCAGACGAACGCCGGAUCCGAGCCGAGCCAAGAUCUCGAUUCGAGCAGCAGCAGCAGCAACAGCAACCAGCAGGAUGUGCCCGUCAUACCGCCCGGCUUUCUGAGCCCUUCCGUGCAGGAGUAUCUCGAGCUGGGCAAAUCCAUUCCAGGCCGACCAGGAACUGACUACCCAAUACUGGCCAGCAUACCGUACACGAACUUCUACUGCGACGAGCAAGAAUAUCCGGGCUUCUUCGCCGAUAUGGACACGAGAUGCCAAGGAUGGCAUUAUUGCGACAUCGAUGGACGGCAGGCGACGUUCCUCUGCCCCAACGGCACGCAGUUUUCGCAAGCGGUGUUCGUGUGCGACUGGUGGUUUAACGUGCGCUGUGAUCUUUCGCCCCGGCUGUACUCGAUCAAUGCCCGGCUGUACCAGCGGCCCAAGUUCAAUCCGACGCAACCGCACCGAGUCAUCACCCGCCAGCUGGUGGACGAGAUUUUUAAUGUAUAGAAAGAAGAAGUAGCGGUUAUAGCGGGGACGAGGGAGAGCGGACUCGUUCCUCUUUCCGACGUGUUAAAAUAUCAUCACUAUUUAUUUUUUAGUUGGCCCGUAGUGUUGUAAGAGACGAGCGCGUGCGCGCGCUCUAAUGUGACUCCGUUGCGUAGUUGUUUCGUUUGAAGUGGUUUGAUUUACCAGCUCAUCAAUUCCCACUAGCCAGCUAGACUACACACACACAGACAAUUAUACACAUACACACACACAUACAAGAUUCUAUACUUUUGUUACCAAAUCGCAUACACCACGCAAUCCUUGCCGACAAUGAUGAUCUUUUGUAAAUUUUUGCCUCAAUUGACUCCAUACCUUCCUACGUACCGAGAAGAUGCUACCUUGCUAGAAAAAGCUAAGGCAUUAUCCGUAACACGGUUGUAUUAUUGUGUAAAGUAAAUGUGUAAAGUGUAAUAAAGUAUGUAAAUAUGAAUUUACCACCAACGCGAUGACAACUUUCAAU